AUGGAGUGUAUGAAGGAUGCCUUCCGCAAGGAUCAACUUCUUGAUGGACGCUUUCGGACUAUCGCGCCUCUGAAUCAUGGCUCUUUCGGAAUGGUCUUUCUGGCCGAAGAUCUUACAACUCAGCAAGAGGUUGCUAUCAAAUGCUUGACUAAGCCCUCGGUUGCCAACCAAACUGGCUCUUUACCAACUUUCGACGAGGGCACCGAAGAGCUUACUUGCCAUGCCAUUCUCAAGCACCAUGAUCAUCUGGUUAAUCUUAUCCACCACUUUGAGACUGAAUCCCAUUCCUACCUGGUUCUGGAAUACUGUUCCCAAGGUGACCUCUACGAGGCCAUUCGAUUGGAUCGUGGGCCCCUCCAGACUGAACAUGUACGCCGUUUUAUGCUUCAGCUCAUCAGUGCUGUCCAGCAUAUGCACGACAAUGGUUUAUAUCACCGAGACAUCAAACCCGAGAACAUCUUCCUUGCUCAUGAUGGCUCCAUGAAACUCGGUGAUUUUGGUCUGGCUACCAGAGCCCUUUACUCUCACGAAGCUUGUGUUGGAAGUGACCGAUAUAUGGCUCCGGAACAAUAUGAUCCUGCGGUCACUGGCUACUCUCCAGCCAAAGCUGACAUCUGGUCAAUCGGCAUCUGCUUGUUAAAUGUUUUAUUUGCCCGGAACCCCUUUGUCACACCAACAGAGUCCGAUCUCCUCUUUGCCGAUUAUCGCCGAGACCGUCAGUCGUUGUUUGAUAUCUUUCCCAGCAUGUCUCAAGAUACCUUUGAGAUCCUUUCCUGUGCUAUGGCAUUGGAUCCCUCCAAGCGUGAUCUGGGCGCUCUCAAACAGGCAGUCCUUCGCGCUGUCACCUUCACUACUGACGAUGAGGCCUUUGACGACUUCUGUGCCGAAGAGCGGGACAUUGUCCGUGCCAGCGCCAACCGUGAGCCACUACGUACUCCUUCAAUUCAGAGCCCUCAUAUCGAUUCGGACGCCUUCCCCUGGGCCAAGGCGCUUCAUGCCAGUCCUAAUAAGAAGCACCAACAGCUGGCUAGCAUCCCUGACAUGUAUGACGAGGACUUGUUCGAAUCCGAGAAGAGUGUCAAACUAGGCGAGUCCUGGUACUCUGGCCAUACUCCCUCAUUGGCUUCGGUUCUUGAUUCAGCUUAUGGUUCCCUCAAGUCACUGGCUAUUAAUCGUCCUGUCAAACGCAAUCCACCAAAGCCAGACCCUGUUCCGAUUCCCAACUCGCUGCCUACUCGCCCAUCUCGGCCCAUCCACACCAUGUCCUCGGUGUUUGGAAAGCACCAUGACACCGUGGCCAAGAGCUGGAGCGACAUGUUUGAGGAAGACGAAGAGGAGUCAGAACGUGAGGCAGAGUUGCAGAGAAGACAUGAGAAGAACUCUCGAAGCUUCAGUCACGACAGCCAUCGACAGAUUCCCGUCCCGGCUGGUGUCUUGACCGAGUCAAAGAGCCGAUCAUCGAGCAAUGCACGCCGCAGCCGAACUCCCCGGCCUGCACUACCAUCUAAGCCUCACGUACUUGGUUCGGACGAGAAUGACCCAUUCGGCUGGCGUGUGCGAACUGCUCGCCACUCUCCCAAGCAGGUGCCUGUUGACAAGUGGGCAGCAUUGGGCAACAAGAGACGAAACUUUCAGACCGAGCCAGAUCGUCAAGCUGCACCAUAUAAAAAACGGUCUUUCACUACUGGAACACGCAAGUCAUCGAUGAACGGAGCUGGGGCUGAGCAGCCUGGCUGGCAACGACGUGACAGCCGAACGCGGGGACGCCCGGCGUAUUUGAACCAAGAUUGGCGUCAGCAUAAGGUGAUUGAUUCCUCGACGGACGAGGAAGACCAUGAGUGGGUUGGAGGUUGGCACAACUUCCAUUUGUAA